AUGUAUAGCUUACUGAGGAAGCGUGGAACUGGAGCGGUUGAUCCUCUUAUUCUUAAGAGAGCAGAAACCACUCAAAAAGCACAUAAGGUUGAACUUAGUCAGACCAAAGAGUUCAAAAGGGUACACCACGUUUCCGGUGGCGGUGAUGGUCUAUUGCACGUAUACGAUCUUCAACAAGAAGGAAGGCCUGCUCAGAUUGAGCCAAUUGCAAGUGUAGCAACCCAAGAUCGUCAUUCGUAUGCUGUGAGCUCGGUCGGCUGGUUUCCGUUUGAUACCGGGAUACUGGUUAGCGCAAGUUUUGAUGAGACGGUCCGGAUCUGGGAUACCAACCUUAUGGAACCCGUUACUACAUUUGAUCUUGGCGCCAAAGUUUUCUGCCAAGCCAUGUCACCAAUUGCUUCUCAUUGCCUAGUAGCAACCGCAAGUGAUAAUCCACACAUUCGACUUUGUGAUAUAAAGAGUGGGGCAUCCGCUCACACUCUGAUUGGUCACACUGGCUCGGUCUAUUGCUGUGUCUGGUCUAAUUAUCAAGACCAUGUUCUUUACACAGGAGGAGAAGACGGAACAAUUCGUGUAUGGGACAUCAGAAAAGCUUCUGCUUGUCUCGGUUCCUUAGACAAUGAGAAUGCCGAGUUUACCAAGAUCGAGACCAAUCGGGCGCACCAGAAAGCCGUCAAUGGCCUUGUGCUGACUUUGGAUGGUUCUUCUCUUGUGUCGCUCGGACUAGACGAGAGGAUCAAGCGCUGGAGCACGUACGACCAUCGCCAUUCUCGCACUCAUUACGCUGGCUCGGGUGUUCGCAAUCAUGUCCGACACAAUUGUGGACUGGCCGUGUCGGAUACAGACGUCUGGCCACCCCUGGUUUAUGUUCCUAACCAAGACCACAUUGCUGUAUUUGAUGUCAAUCGGGGUAAUCGAGUCCAGAAACUGUGUGGAAUGUAUGGCCGGCCGACGUGCGUCGAUGUAGAGGGGCUUGACGUGUAUGCUGCCGGGGUAGAAGCAGAAAUCUUGGUUUGGGGACCUUUACCACCAUUCGAUUCGGAGCCAGGAAUAGAAGAGACCACCGUUUAUGAGGUCGUUCUUGAUCGCCACGGUGUGGCACAGCGUGUACCAAAGGGUAAAGGCACCCACUUCAUUCACGUCACCAAGCACAAUGAAACCAAGAUGGUAGAAAAGGCAGACUCUGGUAGUUUUCCUUGUCCUGAACCAACCUUCCAAGCGCCCAUGAGAUGGUCACAACGUAUUCAUCCGAAGCAGCCGGAACAAGCCGAAUUAAACCCAACGUUGCACGAAAAGGAAGCUGUGUCCCCUCAUUAGCCUCUCUGUCCUUUUUUGUCCAUAGACCAUGAACUCCAAACAUGGCAAUUAUCCGUGAUAACUUGCUUAACUAAUUAGUGUGUCUGGUCCUUUUAUUAUACCUAUAUUUAUUCUUUCAUCCUUUUCGCUCUCUCUUUUUUUUUUUCUUGCAACUGGUUUGUAGCAGCAUCUGGUCCUAUAUAUACAUAUAUAUAUAUUCUCUAUCUAUCUAUAUUACGCUCCGUCAAUUCAUCUUAGAAAUACACAAGUAUCUAAAAUAUUAUAAAUAAAUGAAUAGUCUUGCACACUCUGUGAGCAAGUGCAAGAUUUAUUGUUACAAAUAAAAGUCAAAAUUAUCAUCAUC